CUCUCACAAGACAUCAUUUCUUGAUUAAAAACUCUUCAAUUUACAGAAAAAAAUGGAAUUGCAAGAAAAACGAGAAAACUUUACACUGGAAUGGCGUAAUUUGUCUUAUAUCCCGAAGAAACGAGUCGAUCUCGAAAUUGGAAAAGGACUGAAAAGCUUAAACGUCUUCCGAAGAGCGCUUCUGAAAGAUGUUCUCGUGUUAGAUAAUGUGAACGGAAGAAUCGAAAGCGGUAGUUUAGUUGCUGUGAUUGGAAGCAGCGGUUGCGGAAAGACGUCGUUGUUGGCGGCAAUUGCGCAGCGCAUUCAGCACGACGUCACGGGAGACAUUUUCAUCAAUCAGCAACUCGUGGAUCAGCAGGAAAUGCGUUCAAUGUCUGGAUAUGUGCCACAAAGUGAUAUUUCGAUACCAACAAUUACGCCAUUCGAACAUUUGUAUUUCAUGUUGCAAUUCAAAAAUUGUGGCAACUUGACAAGUGACGAAAAGAAGCAAAAAAUUCACGAGAUCCUGAGGUCAUUAAGUUUGGCUAAAACUGAAACAACUCCCAUUAAAAGUUUGUCGGGCGGAGAGAAGAGAAAAUUAUUGCUGGCUACUUCGUUGAUUUUUGAUCCUUUGAUACUAUUUUGUGACGAAAUCACAACCGGCUUGGAUAGUUUUCAAGCGUCGAGUGUUACACAAAGUUUGAGAUCUCUCGUUGGCUUGGAUGAAAAUGAAAAUCGUUCACAAGCAAGAGCUGUCAUUUGUUCAGUGCAUCAACCAAGUUCGAGUUUGUUUCAUUUGUUUUCACAUUUGAUCCUCAUGUCGAAUGGAAAGAUCGUCUUUCAAGGCAGAAUUGAAGAAGCAGUUGAAGUAUUUGAGAAAGCUGGCAUGGCAUGUCCAAAAAUGUAUAAUCCAGCAGAAUUUUACGUGAAAAUGGUAUCGCAAGAUAGAAAUGCCUUAAAGUUGGAACGCGUUUCAAAUGUCAGUGAUGAAAAGUUGAACGAAAGUACAAAUGACAUUCGUUGUCAAUUCCUUAACUCAAAUUUGAUUUCAAGCAGCAACGGGCGGGUAAAUUGGUUCAAACAACUCUUCCUUCUGAUGCUGCGUUCAAUACUUUCUGGUUCACGGAAUUAUAAAACUUACCUCAUCCAAUCUUUGCUGUAUCUGUCAACUCCUUUCGUCAUCGGCAUCUUAUACAGCAACGUAUCUCCCAAUUCACAAGCUUCAAUUCAGGACAUCAAUGGUGCCUUUUUCAACCUCAUCACAGAAAUGAUCUUCACUUAUGCCUAUUACGUAGUUUUCUUGAUUCCUGAACAGUAUUCCCUCCUCAGACGUGAAACUGGCGAGGAACUUUACACAUUUUCGGCUUAUUAUGUGUCGAAAACUUUGAUACUGAUACCCAAAGUUGUCAUUGAAACAUUUAUCUUCAUGGCGAUCGUUUGUUUUUUAACGCCUUUCAACAUCGAUCUACUCACCUUUUGCAAAAUUUGUGUGACUCUGAUAUUAGCAAGCAUCACAUCAAUAGCUUAUGGCUUCUCAUUGGCUGGGGUCUUUGAAUCUGCUCGUUUAACGAUUGAGCUUGGACCUCCCGUGGAUUUAGUUUUUCUCAUUCUUGGAGGAGUUUACAUCAAUGUUGGUUCAAUAUCUUAUAUGAAAUACUUUUCAAUGUUCUUUUACGCGAACGAAGCCAUUUCUUAUGAAUAUUGGAAGAAAAUUGAUACUAUUGCAUGUAAUGAUAUAGCAGAGUACCCUUGUUUGACAAAUGGAACACAAGUUUUGGAACAUUUAGGAUUAGGAAACGAUUCUAAUACAGUUUUAAUUGACUACGUGGGACUUUUGGGACUUGCAACUGUAUUACAUCUAGUUGGGUUCUUUGGUAUAAGAAGGAUUAUUCGAAAACAAGGAUUUUAUUAAACAUACGUUUCUAAUAUCAAUAACUUACCAAAUUUGAAGACUUCUCACAAAAUUGCAGCCAAAUGUAAACAAAAGUCGUUAAUUGAACCGCCCGCAUCAAAUUUUUAUUCUUCAAACAACAACUUAAUUCAAAUGAUGAGUUCCCCCAAUCGUAAACGAGAGAGCGAGAGAGAGUUUCACUUCCACGACAUUUACCGUGUGUGAGCGGUCUUUCUUUGUUUCCUCACCGUUGUACAUGCCACAUAGCUAGAGAAAUCAAAGAAAUCGCAAGAACAACAAAUAUCAACAGAGUAUUUUUGUGCAUGCAUCGUCGUGUCGUCUCUUGCCAUGUGUUGACGACUUCUUCGUACACAGCGCACUCAUCAGCUGAGUGAUGAAAAUAGUUUUCCCAUGCUCUCCAAUACUCUCGUACAGUUAAUAGUAGUGGGAAUGGAAAUGUCGAGGAAUAUUCUGAGCAGUAUUUUCAGUUGCAGGUCGGUGUUCAGUUUAUAAAAAUAUCUUCGCGUGCAAAUACACAAAAGUUGUUAGAGUCUCCCGAAAGAAAUAAAAAAAAACACAGAACAACAACAACAACAAAAUAACUCUAUAUAUUAAUAAUAUUAGAAAAGAAAAAAAAAUUACAAGAAAAAUCACAUCACACGUAUAUAGCAUCGUCGUCGUCGUUGUUGUUGUGUCUUCUUCUUCUUAGUGUCGUGAUUUUUUUGUACUUUUUUGUGUUCCGAAAUUGUUAAAUUAUAAAGAAAAAAGACUUGAGAAGAAAAGUGCUUCAAGUAAAUUAAAAUAAAACAAAAAGCCGAUAAAAAAUAUUUGUAGAAGAGGAAAAGUGUCGUCGUCAUAAUAAUAAUAAUAAUUUUUACGAAAAAAAAAAUUAUUUAAGUGUUAGAGGAAAAAUUGUAUAAAAAUAAGUAGAAAAUACGUAGAAAAUGGCAUGCGAUUCGAGUAAAAUAUAACCAACAACACUUUUCGUAGAUGUAAAAAAUUAUUUUAAAGUGAAAUAAUUAUAAUUAUAUUAUU